UAUAUGAUAGGGAUUGUCCAUGUUUCCUUUUCAAAUUUCCUUACAGAAGAAACAACAGAAAGGUAGUUUAAUCCUAGCAGUGGUAGGACCUCAUUUUCCACUCAAAACCUAAUUUUCACCCUUUCUAUUGCUCAGACAAUAUGUAGACAUGCACUUCCCAGUUCCCACAUCAAAACAAUUUAAAAUUUCAUAUCCUACUUUACCCGAGUGCAAGCUCCAUAUCAUAUAUGCCUAGCUAGCUCACUCAACCCCCUUUUAUAUAUACCAGCUAGCGUCCCAGAAAAGAAAGGCAUCAUAUACAAUAACCAGAAAAACCAAAAGCCUCAAAUCUCUGUGCAAACGACUUCAAAUUCAUGAGUUGCAUUUGCAGGGAUUGCUUGGGUGGCAUGCCACCCGGGCCGCGGCCACACUACCCCUCGAUGCCCCGAUACCCGGAAGGCACGUCUCCAGAAGCAACGAGGAAGGCCAGGGGUUCUGAGGUGAAGGCCUUGUUCUCUGUGGUUGGAAUGACAUGUGCUGCCUGUGCCGGGUCUGUGGAGAAGGCGGUGAAGCGGCUCCCGGGGAUACAGGAGGCCGCCGUGGACGUGUUGAACAACACAGCCCUUGUUCUCUACUAUCCCAGCUUCGUCAAUGAGGACAAAAUAUGUGAGGCUAUUAAAGAUGCUGGAUUUGAAGCUAAACUGAUUAAGCUGGAGAUGAAUGACAAAACCAGACAAGUAUGCAGAAUAAGCAUAAGUGGAAUGACUUGCACGUCUUGCUCCUCCACUGUUGAAUCAGCUCUGCAAGCAAUUCAUGGAGUGCAAGGAGCUCAGGUGGCCUUAGCAACUGAAGAAGCAGAGAUUCAUUAUGACCCAAGCAUUGUUACCUCCCAUCAGCUAUUGGAAACCAUAGUAAUCACUGGAUUCGAAGCCAAACUUAUUAGUUUAGGGGAAGGCAUUAGCAAGAUAGAGCUUCAAGUUGAUGGCAUAAAGGUUGGACAGUCGAUUAGAGCAAUAGCAAAUACUCUUGAAGCACUUCCUGGGGUUCAAGACAUAGAGACAUUUCCUGAACUCAACAAGAUUUCUAUUUCUUAUAAACCAGAGAUGAUAGGACCAAGAACCCUGAUCGAAGCCAUCGAGUCAUCAGGGUCAGCGCAUUUCAAAGCAAUGAUAUACCCGGAAGGAGAAGAAGACACUCAUAGACAGAAGGAAAUUAAGCAAUACUAUAAAUUCUUCUUAUGGAGUUUGUUUUGUACAAUUCCUGUGUUUUUAACCUCCAUGGUCUUGAUGUAUAUUCCUGGAAUUAAGAAGGUGUUGGAUGUCAAAAUUGUGAAUAAGUUGAGUGUUGGUCAGAUUCUGAGGUGGGAGUUGUCCACUCCUGUGCAGUUCAUCAUAGGCAAGAGGUUCUACAUUGGAGCAUACAAAGCAUUGCGCCAUGGUUCAGCUAACAUGGAUGUUUUGAUUGCCUUGGGAACAAAUGCAGCCUACUUCUACUCGGUCUACAUAGUUUUAAGAUCUGCAACCCAUAAGGAUUUCAAGGGUACAGAUUUUUUUGAGACUAGUUCAAUGCUUAUUACAUUCAUCCUGUUAGGAAAGUAUCUAGAGGUCUUGGCAAAAGGCAAGACAUCUGAGGCCAUUGCCAAGCUAAUGGACUUGGCACCAGAAAAGGCAACACUGCUAACUUUGGGUGAGGAAGGAAAUGUGAUAAAUGAACAAGAAAUGGAUAGCCGGUUGAUACAAAAGAACGAUCUGAUUAAAGUUAUUCCUGGUGCCAAAGUAGCUUGUGAUGGUGUUGUUAUGUGGGGACAAAGUCAUGUGAAUGAAAGCAUGAUAACUGGAGAAGCACGGCCAGUGACAAAAAAGAAGGAUGAUGCAGUUAUUGGAGGCACCGUGAAUGAGAAUGGAGUGUUGCAUAUUAAGGCAACAAGAGUUGGGUCAGAGAGUGCUCUUUCACAGAUUGUAAGGCUUGUCGAGUCUGCCCAGAUGGCUAAAGCUCCUGUACAAAAGUUUGCUGAUCGCAUUUCCAAAUACUUUGUGCCAGUGGUCAUCACACUUUCAUUUUCGACUUGGCUUGCCUGGUUCUUAGGAGGGAAGUUCCACAGGUAUCCACGUUCUUGGAUACCAUCUUCAAUCGAUAGUUUUGAGCUUGCUCUUCAGUUUGGGAUCUCGGUCAUGGUCAUUGCCUGCCCUUGUGCUUUAGGCCUAGCAACUCCUACAGCCGUUAUGGUUGGUACAGGAGUUGGUGCAUCUCAAGGUAUACUGAUCAAAGGCGGACAUGCAUUAGAGAGUGCGCAUAAGGUGAACUGCAUUGUGUUUGACAAGACAGGGACUCUCACAGUUGGGAAGCCAGUGGUUGUUAGCACCAAAAUCUUUAACAAAAUGCUACCUCAAGAAUUCUAUGAACUAGUUGCUGCAACUGAGGUAAACAGUGAGCACCCACUAGCCAAAGCUAUUGUGGAAUAUGCCAAGAAAAUCAGAGAAGAUGAAGAGAAUUCUACCUGGCCAGAAGCACAAAACUUCGCAUCCCUUACCGGCCAAGGAGUGAAGGCAGUUGUUCGAAAUAAGGAAAUAACUGUAGGCAACAAGAGCUUAAUGUUGGACAUUAACAUUGCGAUUCCAGAGGAGGCUGAAGUUACACUUGCACAAACUGAAGCAUUGGCUCAAACUGGGAUUUUAAUAGCUGUAGAUAACGAAAUAGCAGGAAUUAUAGCCAUAUCUGAUCCACUGAAACCUGGUGCUCGAGAAGUGAUUUCCAUACUUAAGUCUAUGGGCGUUAGAAGUAUCAUGGUUACAGGUGACAAUUGGGGUACAGCCAAUUCUAUUGCCAAGGAAACUGAAAUUGAGACGGUGAUUGCAGAAGCCAAACCCCAGCACAAAGCUGAGAAAAUAAAAGAUUUGCAGGCUUCAGGCUACACCGUGGCAAUGGUGGGAGAUGGGAUCAAUGACUCACCGGCACUUGUGGCAGCAGAUGUUGGAAUGGCAAUUGGUGCUGGCACAGACAUUGCGAUCGAGGCAGCUGACAUUGUUCUUAUGAAGAGCAACUUGGAAGAUGUUAUAACAGCCAUUGACCUUUCCCGGAAAACCUUUUCCCGUAUUCGUCUGAACUACAUUUGGGCAUUGGGUUACAAUGUGCUUGGAAUCCCGAUAGCUGCAGGGGUCCUUUUUCCUUCCACUAGGUUCAGAUUACCACCAUGGAUUGCAGGAGCUGCAAUGGCCGCAUCCUCCGUUAGUGUUGUAUGCUGUUCUCUGUUGUUGAAGAACUACAAGAGACCCAAGAAGUUGGAUAUCCUUGAGAUACAUCAAGUAAGGGUUGAGUGAACAUAAUGCUGCUUCAGUUAUGUAUAUUCAUGUAGCAGUUGAGUUAUACUAGUACGUCCUGUAGCUAGGCAGCUAGUAGAUCUAUAAGGAAAGCGUAUAUAGAGUAAGGAUUUUUUUUUUUUGAGAAUAAAAGAAAUUCAUUAAUCCAAGAAAUUACAACGACGGGGAUGACGCUGUUAAAUCCCAAAUACUCGACUAGAGAAGAGGAACUAUCAUACCCCAAAUGUAGAACCAGCGGUUAAAGAAACCAUGAGCCUAUAGGGGCCCAACUCUAACCCUCAGCCUUUUCCAGGAGUCCCGACACAUCCUUAUAGCCAACCUCAAGAAGAAACAAUCCCCUUCCAACACCAUAUACCAAAACCACCAGUAUAUGUGUAGGGGCGUCUCCCCAUUACAUUGACAACAAGAAAACAUCGAAAUUAAAACCAAUAGUCCCUAGAAUUGACACCAUAACAAUGGCACAACCACAAAACCAAGACACCAAACCCUCGCUCAAUUGAGGAAGGACUAAUUAAACCUAACCAAAACCAAACAAAGACUGCAGCAAUCAACUUUCCUCAUCCUGAUGCUAGCUCCAGCAACUCGGGUUCAUCCGCAAUAGACUCAGGGUGCACAGCUCCGGUAAGCUCGACUCCAAUAAUGACACACCUUGGCCAAAGACCACCUCCACCACCAACCCCGUGGAAAGAUCUUGAAAGCAAUCAAGCCACCAACAAUCUGAGCAUAUACCCGUAGGACAUCAAUUUCAGAUCACCCAAAGUUUCCCCCAAUUCCCCCUACUCACGGCCACUAAAUCCCCUCCAAAACUGAUGUAGCCUUCAAAGAUCAACCCAGAUCUUGGUACGUAACCCGUCAAUCUCAGCCAAACCAAUCCCACCAAACGUCCAAACCUACUUUGACCGUGCACUUCAAUCGAACUGACCAAACCAUGCAUCCCCAACAACCGCGUAGCAGCCCUCCACAACCAAGCAACUGUGUGAUCAGAACCCACCGCUGCCACCCAGCGCCUCCCUUGCGGCUGACCACCAAAACUUGAACCAUGAAGCCACCAUCGCCACCGUCAUAAAAUGAAAGAGAGAUUCUUGCCGCAGCCCCUCCGCUAACCACCACCCAGCCACGCCUGUCCAGCAGCACCCACCGCCAGCCAACGAGACCAGAGGCCACAGUCGGAGUGGAGGCGCCGCCGGACAAGCAAACGAACCAAACCCUGUUUUUUCCGAACCCUAAAACUUCCCUGUUUUCACUGACCAAAGAGA